AUGGAUCAUGUCUUCAACAUGCUGGAAACGUAUGCUUCAAAUUUGGAGUCGGAGGUGGAAGAUAGGACUAAACAACUAGUAGAGGAGAAGAAGAAGAGCGACAUUCUGCUUUAUAGGAUGCUUCCCAAACAAGUUGCUGACAAACUGAAACUCGGUCAAUCUGUGGAACCGGAAACGUACGAUAGCGUUACCGUUUUCUUCUCGGAUGUGGUAUCUUUUACUAAAAUUGCUGGAAGAUGUUCUCCGUUGCAGGUGGUGAAUCUUCUGAACGACCUCUAUACGGCCUUUGACGGUAUUAUCGACUCUCAUGAUGUGGAAACGAUAGGCGACGGCUAUCUUUGCGUUAGCGGGCUACCUCAUAGGAACGGUCAGGAGCAUAUCAAGGAAAUAUGCAGCAUGUCGCUGGCAUUCAUGAAGAGUCUCAACAAUUUCAAAAUACCGCAUCUUCCACAGGAGAGGAUUAAUUUAAGGAUUGGAGCUCAUACUGCAGGGAUGAUACAUUUAUCUGCUGAAGCAAAUCAUCUGCUGAACGUUGUAGGAGGGUUUCUAACAGAAUCAAGAGGAGAAGUUAUAAUCAAGGGCAAAGGAGUGAUGGAGACAUUUUGGCUUCUUGGGAAAGCUGACGGUUUGAAGCAGCCCUUAAAUUCGAAUCCGAGUUGGGCGGAACAAGCACUCAAUACCGCAUUGACACCCUUUGAGACUAACGGGUCUCUUGAUCAGAUUCAAAAUAUGUCAGAGUACAACGGAAUUUACGCCGAUUUCAAGAAGAAGAAUGAAAUAUCUUAG